AUUAAUCAAUUAAUUUCUCUAAUAAUAAUAUGGGUUCUGGGAAAUGGUUUAUACCAACCAACUGCCUAAAGAGAUUGAAGAUGAGAGUAGCAAAGGGAUUAAGAAAAAGGAAGAGGAAACCAGUCGGCCCCAAACUGGAUGAAGACGCCGCUGCCACUUUAAUCCAAUCUGCUUUCCGGGCUCAUUUGGCAAGAAGAGUCAUGCGUCGGCUCCGAAGGACGAUGAGAUUUAAGGAAGUUCUACUCGUUCAUGGAUGCGGUUAUAAUGAUCAACAAGUUGCCGCAACAACUCUAAAACACAUCCACUCAUGGAGCCGAAUCCAAUCGGAGAUCAAAGCUCGUCGCCACCGCAUGGUCAUCGACGGUCGCCUCCAGCACAAGAAAACUCAAAAUGACAUAAAACUCCAAGCCAAACUUCAUGAGCUUCAGGUGGAGUGGAGCAGUGGACCAGAGACAAUGGAGGAAAUUCUUCAAAGGAUUCAACAGAGGGAAGAAGCGGCUGUUAAAAGAGAGAGAGCUAUGGCUUAUGCUUUCUCUCAUCAGGCUAGUAUAUUAAAUACUCAACAAAAUUUUAGGUGAUAUUGAAGGAGGUGGGAGUGGAUUCAAAAAAAUGGAUUUAAAGAACGUGUAAUUUUGAUGUUACUUUCCACGGUUAUCAUUUAUAUAAAAUGUGGUGAUUAGAUUUAAUAAUGAAUAAAUAUGACGUGAUAGAUAAAUUAGUAAUUAUUAGGGCAAAAAAAGAAGAAACUUCAAUUAGAUGUUGCACUUUGAUCCCUGUAUUAAUAGUGUGCUUCAACAUCUUUUUUUCUCUAGAUACGCCACUACUAUUUACUUUACUUACAAAUGAUUGUUUGUUGAUCGAAAACAGUGGAGGGCGAAUUGGAAGGAUCAAGGCUUGGGGAAGGCAUAUUAUGAUGUGGGGGAAGAGAGCUGGGGAUGGAGCUGGGUAGAGCGCUGGAUAGCGGUACGCCCAUGGGAAAAUUGCAGGCUACAACCAAACACUAGUCCCUUAAAGGAAACUGCCACCAACAAGAAGAAAUUGUCCCAUGUUAGAGAUGAAGUCCUUUUGUCGAGUGUUAAGACUUCUGUAAAACCAAGAAAAGCAUUGUGAUGAUCAAUCCAUCACAUUAGCUUCUUGUAUUGCAAAUUAUGAUGAAAUGAGAGAACAAGAUAUAUUAUCGGUGUAGUAUGAAAUGAGAGAACAAGAUAUAAUAUAAAGUUACCGGUGUAGUAUUCGUUGAAGGCUAUCAGUCACAUACUUUGUGACUAGUCGUAUUUCUCAACUUGCCAAAUGGAAGUUUUUCGGAUUCGAUGAUGCUCUUCUAAACUAUCUGGUCGGGUUCUUAAGGCAAGAUUGUCUGAAUGGUCUCAAUUAGGUGGGACCGCCACCUAUAGGCCUAGUUACACAUGUGACUCUGAGGGGACUUGGGAACCACCCCAAUUUGUGAAUAUUAUUAAAUACUACACAUAGUAAAAGUGAAUUAGAUGUAUUUAAUUUUCUUUAUUUUCAUGUCACUGGUUGAAUAGUGUAAAGUAUUUGAGUUUGUCAAUGACUAAACUCUUUCCACUUAA